AUGGCUAGCACGCAGCCAGCUACCCUCCCCUCCAGCCACAGCCUGCAGGCUGCCCGGCUAGCAGACCAAGCUGCCACAGCGGCAUUGUACGUGACCCAUCCCGAACGGAAGACGUCUGCCGAGUUUGAUACACAGAGAAACUCAAGAGUCAUUGGAUCUCCGACGCCAACCUUCAAUCAGGCUUCUGCGGGAGCUGCCGCAAGCCUUGCCCACGCGAAAAGCCGACCGUACGAGGCGUGGAAACCUGAGAAGCAACCCGCGGCGGAGAAGGCGGCACUCCACGUCCAGGACCACCAGUCUUUCGAGAGUGCUCCACAGACAGCGAUUCCGCCAAGUCCGGAAGGGCUCAGGGCCGCCUUGUGCUCGGUUAGAGACCACCGGGCCACGCCGAUUAGCCCGCCGCCGGUGUCGGGGGCUGUGCGGAGCGCUGCGGGUGGCGAAUACCUGGAAGGCGGUCGAGAUAGGAGAUCCAGCACGAGCCAUGAGGGAGCCGUGCUUGCGGCAACCGGGGCGUUUACCAGCAGUCGAAAACGUGCCGAGUCCGCUCCGAUUAGGCCCAGCAUGCUGGUGGAUAACUCCUUCGCCCUGUCUGCGGCAGGAGCCUCGCAUCGAUCCCGCCCGAAGAGCCAGAUGCCCCUCGGCGACCUCGAUAACCUAGACAGCGCGUUGGAGGCGAGUCGGAUACACAACAUUGCCAACGCCAAUGCCCAGCUGUACACGGCUACGCCCCCCGUGUCGAUUGAAGUGGAAGAGCAGAACAAGAGGGACACGCUGCGGGCGGCAGCGAUCUCAAUGGCACGGGACAUGUACGCUGUUUCAGAGAAGACCAAGGAUAGGUCGGGGGCGGACACGGCGGUUUAUGCCGCGCAACGAGGCCACUACCGCGCGCAGUCCCAGCGGUCGAUAUCCAAGGUCGAUAAGUCGUCUCUCCAGCGGGCCGUUCAAUUGCAGGACACGGCGCAGAAGCUCGCGGCCGAGAAACUGGCUCGAAUGCAGGACGAAACCGAAGCGUACCAGAGCUACUACGGAACCAAUUUGCCGCCACCGCGCUCCCGCCUAUCCGUCCGGAGAAGGAGGACAUCAAGCGACACUGAUGCUGAUGUGGAGCGGUCAAAGGAGAUCCGCAACCAAAUGUCGAGUCUACAGAGCAAACUCAACCGGCUAGAUGAACAGAGGCAAAAAGACCGCGAUGACCUCAUGACUCGCGCCCGGCGCAAUGUCGAUGCCGCCCUGCUCGAUAUCGAGAUGAAGGUCUAUGCCGAUACGGGCAAGGCCUCCCCCGCCAUGCAGCGGGAAUGGGAAGAAAAGGCGCGCGAGCGUGCCCGGCUCGAGGCCGAAACCCAGCUGACACAAAACGGCAGCAGGAUUCACAUCGGCGCGGAUCAGUAUGUAGACAGAGCGGAGGUGGAGGCUGUCGCCCGGUCCAGGGUCCAGCCGACACUGGACGAACUUUCGGACCGAGCGGAGGAGAAACGGGCGAAGGAGUUUGAGCAGCGCUUGGAUGAGGAGGAACGCAGGCGGUACGAGGCAAUACAGCGGGAGCGCGACGCCAGCGUGAAAGCCUUUGAGAAACGUCAAAGAGAUCUAGAGAAGGGGGAUCCCAAACAAGACAAGACGCGACUCUGGAGGAGGAAAUCGAAACGUGCUGCUCCCCCUCCCGCUGAGACAGCCCCUUCAGAGACUGGGGAGCCGGCCGAAGAGACUGAGCCCGAGGCUGUCAGGUCGCAGGAGGUCCCUGUGGACAACACGGUGACGAUGACUCCCAUGACGCCCACGGAGGAAGCAGCCCGCCCAUCAACCGAAACGUCACCCAAAUCGGAUUCCAAGCUCAAGGCAUGGUUCAAGGACCGGAUUGGUCGUCGCAUGAGCGGGCCCGCCCGCGAGGUGAUGGGAGAUGCGGAGACACCCAACAAUAAUACCGGCGACGGUGCUGAGGCCAUGACGGGCUUUGCGGGUGGAGCGGCCCUGGCCGCUCGAGCCGAUGCGAGCCAAGGCAGAGAAGACGCUGAUGGCGGCGGCGCGUUUGCCGCACAAAAUCCCCCCACAGGCAACGAUCUCGCCCAGAUGCAAAAUGGACGUGCAGCCGCGAAAGACCAGCAGACUGAUCAGCAGACUGGUCAAGAGUCCGCCCAAUCGCCGCCGAAAGAUCGCGGCGGCGGCGGCGGCGGCGGCGAAAUUAAACGGUCCCGCUUCCGAGCGAGCCUGAUGAAGAUAGUCUCCAAGGGCCAGCAGAAUGAGGCACCGAAGUCAAACGGGGUACCGAAGCACGAAGGGCAGCCCACAGGCGAUUCCGCGCCAGCCGAGUCCUCAGCUUUGAUGGCUCAUGAUGCCCAACACGCAAGCCGGGAGGAUCUCCGCGGCAGCGCCCUGGAACAAGGUCUGCCUGCUCCUCCGGUAGUCGGAGACCGGGGCAGCGUGAGUACCAUCCGAGAAUCAAGAUUCUCUGAAGAUCUGUAA